AGGGGGGGGCUUCCAGAUUCGGAUCGUGCAAAGAAGCAGAUGCAGUUUUAAUCCAUCUCAUCUCCUCCAACGUUCAGAUUCCACCUCAUAUGAGCUCGAGCUGAGCUGACGAGGAGUACACCUACAGUAUCCAACCUUCACUGCUCGGACCAAACCCAAGACCGUUCCUCGGAAACCGCGCCCAACUCCCCACCUCUCUUUAAACCCAAAACGCCUACCCAUGUCCAUGUCCGCCGCGCGAUCCUAGUGGUGUUCUUCAGAGGCAAUGGUGGCCGGGCGUGUCAAGGCGGCCAUGGGGUUCCAGCGUAGCCCUGCGACGCCCAAGACGUCGUCCUCGCGCAAGGCGCCGCCUCCGCCGCCGCCGCUGGUGCAGGCGGCGGCGCACCAUGCGGCGGCGGGGCAGCCGGAGACGCCGCGGCGGAGGUCGUCCGGCUCGCCCGCGUCGGCCUCGGCGUCGGCGUCGGGGUCCAAGACGGGCGUCUUCGCGCGGUCGUUCGGGGCGUACUUCCCGCGUUCGUCGGCGCAGGUGCAGCCGGCGCGCGGCGCGGCGCCGGAGGUCGGGGAGCUGGUGCGGCUCGUCGAGGAGCUGCAGGAGAGGGAGUCGCGCCUCCGGACCGAGCUGCUGGAGCACAAGAUACUCAAGGAGACCGUCGCCAUCGUGCCGUUCCUCGAGAACGAGCUCGCCGCCAAGAGCAGCGAGCUCGGGCGGUGCAGGGACGCGCUGACCCGUCUCGAGUCCGAGAACGCCCGCCUGCGCGCCGCGCUCGACGCCGCCGCGGCGAGCUCCAGGGACAACGAGCAGAGGAUUCUCGAGAUGGAGAGGCAGAUGACCGAGCUGAGGAAGAGGCGGCAGAGGGAUGUCGCGACCGGUCCCGACGAUUGCUCGUCGUCGGCGUCGUCGGACAACUCCGAGAGCUCCAACGCGGCGACCAACUCGGCCAAGUCGGCUAAGGUCGCAGGAUGUUCGUCCGUUCGUCCUCCUCCCCCUCCUCCCCCGCCGCCGCUGCCGCCGCCAAUGCCGGCAACAUUCAAGUCCAAGUCCUAUUUCUCCGGCUCGUCCCGCGCUUCGCCGGCGAACUCUUCGUCCAGUUCAUCAUCCUCGUCCGCCCCAUCGACGCCGUCCUGCUCUUCAGACACCGCAGCAUCAAGAAGCCGCCUACCUGAGCUCUCGAAGCUCCCUCCAAUACCCCCGCCACCGCCGCCGCCGCCGCCACCGCCAAUGCCGAGGUCCCGGAGCGCGAGCCCGUCGCCAUCCACCUCAAGCAGCGGAAGCGCGGGGCCUCCGGCUCCACCUCCGCCGCCGCCGCCCGCAGCGAAGAGAACUUCUCGAACGUCUACCCCCGCGACGACUUCGUCCUCAGCUCCGGCGUCCGGCCCGUGCGUGCGGCGAGUCCCGGAGGUGGUGGAGUUCUACCACUCGCUAAUGCGGCGAGACUCGAAGAGGGACGGAGGCGGCGGCGGCGGCGGCGCGGAAGCGUGCCCCGGCGGAGGCGCGGCGGCGGCGAGGGACAUGAUCGGCGAGAUCGAGAACCGCUCCGCUCAUCUUCUCGCCAUCAAAUCCGAUGUGGAGAGGCAGGGCGAUUUCAUCCGGUUCCUGAUCAAGGAGGUGGAAGGCGCCGCGUUCGUCGACAUCGAGGACGUCGUCACCUUCGUCAAGUGGCUCGACGUUGAGCUCUCACGGCUGGUGGACGAGAGAGCGGUGCUGAAGCACUUCGAGUGGCCGGAGCAGAAGGCGGACGCGCUGCGCGAGGCGGCGUUCGGCUACCGUGAUCUGAAGAAGAUCGAGGAGGAGGCGUCGUCGUUCUGUGAUGAUCCACGGCAGCCUUGCUCUUCUGCCCUCAAGAAGAUGCAGGCGCUGUUCGAGAAGUUGGAGCAUGGAGUGUACAGCCUUGCGCGAGUGCGAGAUGGCGCGAUGAACAGGUACCGCGGCUAUCACAUCCCAUGGGAAUGGAUGCAGGACACAGGAAUAGUUAGCCAGAUCAAACUCCAGUCAGUGAAGUUAGCAAUGAAAUACCUGAGGAGGGUUUCCUCUGAGCUUGAGGCCAUAAAAGAUGGCCCUGACGAAGAGGAGCUGAUGCUUCAAGGUGUCCGAUUCGCCUUCAGAGUUCACCAGUUUGCAGGUGGAUUCGACGGUGACACGAUGCGAGCAUUUCAGGAGCUCAAGGAGAAGGCCUCCACGUUCCAAUCGCAACGGGAAUGCCAAAAUCAGCAUUUGCAACAGCACAAGCUCGCUGGCAGAAGCUGAACGCCUGAAACGAUGUAUUAUAUACCACUCCUUUACUGUAGGAGUAUAGGAUAUAUACCCAAUGUAUCAAUCACCAUGGAACAAUUUUCUCUCAAAAGUAUUUAUUUCUCUCUCCUCUUGAUCUGUACUGUGGCUGGGAGUCCGGGAGUGAAGUAUUAACAACAGUUA